AUGAUCUUAUCUGAUGAUGAUCUGAAUUUCACUUUUGAUGAAAUACAAAAAGAAUUAACUAAUUUAGGUGUAAUUGGUUUAAGUAAACAACAAUUAAUUCAUUUAAAAAAUGAUUUAGAUUUAUUAAUUAAUAAAGAGAAAUAUUCAUUACAUCAUUUCAAUCAACAACAACAACAACAGCAGCAGCAGCAGCAACAACAACCAUCUCAAUCAUUAACAACUAAUGGUAAUUCUAUGAAUAAUAAUAAUAACAAUGAUGAUGAUGAUGAUGAUGAUAUUUAUCAACAAAUUGAUGAUCAUUCUAAGAGAAUUGUAUCGUAUCCAUCGAAAUCUCCUGUCGUUUCCUCUUCUUGUUCUUGUUCUUGUUCUUCUUCUCCUCCUCCUCCAUCAUCGUCAUCAUCAUCAUGUUUUUCUUUGACAUCUGAGGACUUUACACAUUAUAAUAAUACAAACAAUCAUGAUUGUCAUAGCAUGAAUAAUCAAUUAAAGAAAUUCAAUGAUUCAAUGAAGUGUAAAUCUGAUGAUAGUUCUGUAUCGAAUGUCAUACAAUUAUCACCUAAACAUCAUCAUGAACAUGAUCAUUGUCUACAACAGAAACCAUAUUCUUCAACUGAUUCACAAAUAACAGUCUGUUUUUCAACAACUAAUGAGGCAAUGAAUAAUCUUGACACUACAUCGAUCUCAUCGUCAUUAUCAUCAACAACUCUAUUACUGAAUGAACCUGACAGUCAUUUUGAAGAGAAACAACAGAAACGUAAUCGCCAUCACCAUCACCAACAACACCACCACCAACGUCAACAGCAAAAACAAACCGUUCAGUCUGGGAAUGAAUUGACCUGUAGUAAACAAUCUGUAAAUUUUAAAUAUUCUGAUGCUAAUGGACAACUUAUUCAUUCUGAAUCUUCUAUGAAAAAUCUUGACUUCGAACACCGUCUAAAUAAUGAAUCAAUAUGUACACCAAUGAAAAUGAAAACAUUGUCAUCAACGGACAAAAACUACUGUCACCCGAAGUCUGUUUCUAAAGAUUCGUCUAAACAGUUGAGAAGAUCGUCUGUAUGUUUUCAUCACCAACAUCAACAGGCACGUGAUUCUCAUCAAUAUUUGCAUGAUGAUCAAGAAAUUCCGGAUAAAUUACAUGGAAAAUGUGAUUCGAUUAUUGAAAAGGUCAAUACACAUACUACAACAAAUGCAGAUCAACACAAUUUUCGUAAUAAUAAGUUGUUAGUAUCGAAUAAUAAAUUGGGAAAGACAUUAGGAUGUAAUAAAAUUGAUGAUGUUCUAAGUUCUAUUAAUUGUGAACGCCAAAAGUCGACUACUACUACUACCACGACGAAUUCUUCAAGAAGAUCGGCUCGAUUUCUAGAUAAUCCUGUUGAACAAGUUCAUAGUGUACCACAACAACAACGACGACCUAAAUCUGCACAAUAUUGUCAAAAACGAGAUGAUUGUUGUUGUUGUUGUUAUAAUGCUCGAUCAUUACAUUCUCAGAAUUUACAACGACCGGUAUCAGCUAAUGCACAUAGACCAAAACAAGAUCCAGUUACAAAAUAUCAUUCAUAUCAACGAAGCUGGUCGAUACAUUCUACACCCGGUGAAAAUGCACGACGUGUUCUACGUUGGAAUAUAAGAACAGCAAUGAUGCAUAGAGAAAUACCAUUAUUACAACGUAACUCAUCGGAAGUGAUUCGCCUUUUAGGUCCAUAUGCAUCAGCUUAUUUGGAACAAGAAAGACAGAGACGAAUUAAAGCUUUAAAACUUGAUUAUAUUCCACCAACUAAUAGACGUUAUAAUGAAUUACGUCAAAUGAUUCGUUCAUUAAUGGGAUAA